AUUGAGCCUACAGAUGUCCUCGUCAACUUGUUCUUUUCAUCUACUUUCAGCACAAGAAAAAUAUGCCGGCAGGUUCUUCACGGAACUCGCUCGCGCUACAAAAAAAGCGAACGAUUGAAUUGAAUCGCAUGAAAGUGAUCGUCUAGUAGAAUUCUCGCAUCUUUAUUCGCCUAUAUCUUCAGCAAAGAAUGUGAAUGCAUUAUUAAGAGGAAGAAGACUGACGAUGUGAAAAAAAAAUGACCUCACUGAAGUCGUGAAUGUUCGUAUGUCGUAUCCUCCAUGAUAGUACAAACAGGUUUCACACUAAGAAAAAAUGUCCCUGUCUUCUCUUUGAAUCCGUAAAUCCGGGCCACAACCCCGAUUCAAGUCACGCAAGUAGAUGUCCGGGCUGUUGUAAACAAGUAGGCAAAAAAAAAGUCUGUUGGGAUGAAGAUAAGAGUCAGAGAAACGAUGCGCCGGGUCAUUCGGUAGUCAUCGCAAUAAAUGCGAGAACUUGCUAUUGCUAUUGUUUAAAUGAACCGCCUAGUAGCUGCAUAUUCUUGUUGAAAGGACACAACAUUCUGUAGGUCCGUGACUCCAGCUAGCUGGCACGAAUUGACAUGCUUUCUCCAGGCUUCUGCUGUUAUGAACGUAGCCUUCCUCGAGGUUGCUUUGGUUGCAGCGAAAAGUAGAGCAGGCAACGUGAACUGGGUAGAAAUUACUACAUGUUUUCGUGAAGUGAAAAACUACUACUAAAAAUGUAUUCGUGAGCUGAAAAACUGCUAAAAAUGUAUUCUGAUAAACUGCAUUCCGCAGCUGCCGCAUGGGGCCUUUGGCCGAAAGCACUGAAAUUGAAAGGCAUUCGUCAGAUGAGAAAGCCCUCAGCCAUUCAUGAAGUGAGAGUAUCC